AUGACGGGUCAGCCCAUUCUUCCUCUUUCGGCAACUCCGUCGCAAUUAUCCAAACCACCAACAGGAAAAAGUAAAAUGUCUUUCCCACUCAGAGCACGGCUAUUGCUCCUAAAACAAGAUCAAUUAUCUAUUCUAGAGAACGAACUCGACCAAAUAGACCAACAGGAAAAGGCACCGAUCUUUCUUGGUAAGAGUCGCAUUGAUAGAAAUGUUGAAAGGCUAUCAGUCAUGUCAAGGAUAGAGUCCGCACUGGUUGAUUAUGAUAGCUUCAUAGAUAAGACAAAUCUAGCACUCACUCUUAGCGAUGCGGAAUCUCGUGAUGUGCAAAGCCUCAGGAAUUGGGUUGAUGGGAACGGGUGUUUGGCUGCGAACGAGACUUCUUAUCUUGAACACGAUCGUGACCUCGUCUCACUGGUACCAACAAUUGAUAACGCAGUUAAGAGGUUUGAGAGUUGGAUAGAAGAGCGCCUUGUACAGUUUCUGCCCAAGUUCCGAGAGAGUAAUCGAUAUGUUUCUUCCGACCCGAACGUCCAUAUAUACAACGGUCCUUUUGUGAGUCGUGUUGCCAAAGGGCUACUAAUAUGCUUGGUGACUCUACUCUUGUUACUGCCAAUUGUUGUCUGUAACGUCGUGUCGACAGCUGCGGUGCGGAUUUUCAUUGUCAUGAUGUCGACUAUCGUUUACCUUUUGGUUCUUUCUGGAUUAACGAGGGCGAAAACUACCGAACUUGUAGUGGCUGGUACAACGGACUAG